GUACUACCUACCUCCUACCGACCUAGCUGGGUGGCCUGCCUACUAUAGUCCCCCGGAUGCGAGCCAUUCCCAAGGCCCGCUCCCCGGACCGAUCAAGAUGCUCUCCGGCAGCCAGCUACGGAAAGUAAGCACUAAGCUUCGCCGCCUCGAAGCCCCAUCCGAUUGAGAGAGACGACGAAGCCAUGAGACUUCCCCGCGCAGCCCCGCUGCGCCAGCUCCCGAAGCUCGGCUCCGCUCGCCCUGCUCUCGCGCUCGUCCUGGGCCGGUGCCGCCGCGGCGCCUCCAGCUCCGCGUCGGCCCGCGACGCCCCCCCGGCCGUCGACGUCGACGCGCUGCGCGCCGAGAUGCUGGCGCGCCCGCCGCAGCUGAGCUGGGACGUGCUGUCGCCGACGCACUCGGCGCUGCUCGACGUCGCGCUGGCCGACUUCCUGCCCGCGAGCUGCCGCACGGCCGGGUACGCGGCGGGGGCGGGCAUCGCGGGCGCCGCCGCCGCCGCCGCCGCCGAGCCCCGCGCGCUGCCGCCCGCCCACCACCUCGUCUACUUCCCCCUGCAGAAGACGGCCGCCGAGCUCCUCGCCGACGGCACCGACCCCUUCCACAGCCCCGGCGCGCCCUUCGCCCGCCGCAUGUGGGCCGGCGGGUCGGUCGAGUUCCUCGACGUCGCCGGCCCCCGCGGCCGCGAGCCCGGCUUCCGCCUCGACUCGCGCGCCGCCGUCUGCCGCGAGCGUAUCGUCGGCGUCGCCGCCAAGGGGCCCCCCGGCCGCGAGAAGGUCUUCGUCGACGUCCUGCGCGAGUACAUGUGCGCGCCCGACUUCGAGCGCGCCCCCGGCGACGCCCCCGCCCCCCGCGGCAUCCGCGAGCACCGCGGCCUCGUCUUCCUGCGCGGCGUGACCGCCGACGAGGCCCGCGACGAUCUCGCGAGGGCCGCCACCAAGCGCAGCCGCAUCGUGAAGGCCCCCAACCCCCCCGACUUCUCCGUGACCCUCACGCCGACGCCGACGCUCCUCUUUCACUACAGCGCCCUUACCUUCAACGCCCACGCGAUCCACCUCGACCCGGAGUACUGCCGUACCGUCGAGGGCCGCCGCGGCCUGCUCGUCCACGGCCCGCUCUCGCUUACCCUCUCUCUCGCCGUCCUCGGCUCCCGCCUCGCCCCCGGCGAACGCGUCCGCGCCAUCGAGUACCGCAACCUCGCGCCUCUUUAUGUCGGCGAACCCCUGCGCGUCUGUGUUAGGCUUGUCGGUGAUGGCAACGACGGCGACGGCGGCGACGGCGGUCGGCCCAGGCGGUGGGAGGUAUGGGUUGAGGAUGAGGAUGGUGGCCUCAGCGUCAGAGGCACGGCUACAAGUCUACGACCUACGGAUUGAUGGAGGGGAAAGAGAACGGAAGGGCACCUGCUGAGGUCUUUUUCUCUUUCUCCUUGAAAAAUUUUAAACCAUGCCCCUUUGCCACUACCGCAGCGAAUGUACAUGAAGGUUGCCAAUGGCCACUUAUCUUUAUAUUCCGCAACCUCGCGCGGGGCCAUUAUUUGCUAUAUGUACAUUGUCCUCGGAAACGGAAACCCGGGGGACGUGUCAUGAGAAAUCGUGCCACUUCGUUUGUCCAUUCAUGCAUUUGCCGUACGAAACCCGGUCCGUCACGUUUCUGAUGCGGCUCGGAAGAUACCCGUUAACACAAAGCCCGAAAGUAGAAGCUAGACAGAUGAGCAAAAAAAAAAAAAAAGAGAGAAAUCCAGUCGCCCGCUCUCGUUUCGCCGCGUCCAUGCAUUCGUGCAAAUUUCCUCGUGUGCCUGCCGGAGACCAUGGGACAAGUCUGGAGCCAUCACUCUCCACUAGAUACCAAAUUUCCGCAUGUCCGUCCCUAGAACCUCAGGUCCAAAGCCUCCGCCUCCAGGCCACGAAUCGAAAGCAUCCUAGACAGAACUGGCUAUGCUAAGACUCUUGUGUGUAAAGGGGUAUCGAGAAAAGACGGG